GCUUUCUCAGGGAAGAGAAUAAGGCGAACAUGGCUGAAGGCAGUCGGGGCGGUCCAGCGUGCGGCAGGAUGGAGGACAGACAAGACCCGGCCCCCAGCAGUGGUGGCUGCAGCUUUCCAGAGUACGAGCUUCCUGAGCUAAACACACGCGCUUUCCACGUGGGCGCUUUUGGGGAGCUGUGGCGCUGCCGACUGCGCGGAGAAGGGGACUUGUCGCUGAAGGAGCCUCCGGCAUCCGCGGUGCCCGAGGGCGACACGGUCGCCGACUCCGGACGGGAGGAUGCUGCCGUGGCCCGGGAUCUGGGCUGCAGCCUGGAAGCGGCAGCAGAGCUAAGGGCGGUGUGCGGCCUUGAUAAACUGAAGUGCCUUGAGGAAGGGGAGGAUCCAGAAGUCAUCCCAGAGAAUACCGACCUAGUGACUUUGGGGGUUAGAAAGAGGCUUCUGGAACAUCGGAAAGAAACCAUAACGAUAGAUCGGGUCUGCAGACAAGAAACAUUUGCUUAUGAGAUGGAAUCACAUGCCAUGGGGAAAAAGCCUGAAAAUCCAGCAGACAUGAUUGAAGAAGGAGAACUUAUCCUAUCUGUGAAUAUCUUGUACCCUGUUAUAUUUCAUAAGCACAAAGAACACAAACCAUACCAGACGAUACUGGUACUGGGCAGUCAGAAGCUCACGGAACUAAGAGAUGCAAUUUGCUGUGUUAGUGACCUCCAGAUUGGUGGGGAAUUCAGCAACACUCCUGAUCAAGCACCUGAACACAUCAGCAAAGACUUAUACAAAUCAGCCUUCUUUUAUUUUGAAGGAACAUUUUACAAUGAUAAAAGAUACCCUGAGUGCAGAGAUUUGAGCAGAACCAUCAUUGAGUGGUCGGAGUCCCAUGAUAGAGGCUAUGGAAAGUUUCAGACUGCCAAGAUGGAAGAUUUCACCUUCAAUGACUUGUAUAUUAAACUGGGUUUUCCUUAUUUAUACUGUCACCAGGGAGAUUGUGAACAUGUUGUUGUCAUUACCGACAUAAGGCUUGUGCAUCAUGAUGACUGCUUGGAUAGGACACUUUAUCCCCUUCUUAUCAAGAAGCAUUGGCUCUGGACCAGAAAAUGUUUCGUUUGUAAAAUGUAUACAGCUAGAUGGGUGACGAACAAUGACAGUUUUGCACCAGAGGACCCAUGUUUCUUUUGUGAUGUUUGCUUCCGAAUGCUCCACUAUGAUUCAGAAGGCAACAAACUGGGGGAAUUCCUCGCUUAUCCUUAUGUUGAUCCUGGAACCUUUAAUUAAUAACAAAAAGUGUACCCUUCCUCUUGGAUGGUUACUUUACUUCCCAGAAAUGCCACCAAGGAUCAGGAUCCACCUGAAACAAUGAGCUAAAAGCUAACCACCCCCUGCAAAAGUUCAAAUCCCAGAUUUUCUUAUGAAGUACCUUGAUUGUAUUUAAAUGUUUUGAAAUUUAUAUUAAAUUAUUUUAGUAUUUA